AUGAAGGACGGGGGGGGGACACAGCGGGGGGUGGAGACAGGGGGGGGGGGGAGAAAGAGGGGCGGGGAGGACCACGGGGGCGGGGGGUGGGGGUGGUGUGCGGAGAGACGUCCCAGGCCCCGUCGGGGCACCCGGUUCGGGAUGGGAAGCCGGGCAGGGGACAAUGACCAGGCCGGGCGGUGGGGUCACAUCACGGGGGAGGUGAGGGGGGGGGAAACGGGGUGGGGGGGGGGGGGGGGGUGGCGGUGGCGCCAUCAGCCACCCAAAAGAAGUUGUGGGGGGGGGGGGGGGGAAUGGGGGGGCGGCGGGGGGGGGGGGGGUGGGACUCAACCCCACCCACCACCAGGGGGACAACCCCAAUGUGGUUCCGGUUUGCGGGCGGGGGGGAGGGGGGGGCGGGGGGGGGAGGGAGGAACAACAUUCAAGCCGACGGCGGGGGGCAAUAAAAGUGGAUGGAUCCAGGGGGGGGGGCGGGGGGAAAAAGGUGCGAGGCACGGGACGGCGGGGGGGGGGGCGCGCGAGCAACCAAACAACAAACCAACCAAAACCACAACGGGGGUCGGGAAGGGGGGUGGGAAAAAGGGGGAGGCCACGAGACUGGGGGGGGACCCACCGAUACGGGGGGGGGGAGGGGUGGGAACCACACCACACGACGGGAGGGCAGGGGGAGGCGGGGGGGCGGUCGGGGGAAAAAACAAAAUAGGGGGGGGGAAAAACCCGGCGACAAACAAUCCCCACCGGGGGGCUGGGGUCGGGGGGGUGCAAACCAGCAGCGAAAUAAGGGGGGCGAAAAGGGGGGGGGGGGACGGGGGGGCGAGGCGGAGGGGGGGAGAGGGGGGGGAGGGGGCGGGGGGAGGGGAGGGAGGGGGGGAUAGAUCAGGGGGGGGCCGCGGGGGGGCGUGGAACGACUACCACGAAGGUGGCGGGUCGGGGGGGGGACACAUCAGAAGGGGGGCGGGAGGGGGGGGGGGGCGGGGGGGGUGCGGUGGGACACACGUUGCGACAGUCGUUUGUGUUGGUGGUUCGCAUUGA